AAUUUCUUUCACUUAGUCCCAACCAUUCUCGCUCUUCUCUCUCUCUCUCUCUCUCUCUCUCUCAAAAGACGCACACUCUUCUUUUCAUUUCGUCCCUGAAAUUUUCUCGUCUUCUAUUUUCCCACUCUUUUUUCUUUUCCCGGAAAAUCUUUCCAAUCCGGUAUUCAUGUCGCAGGAAAAGGGUCAGCCACUACCUAAGUUUGGUGAAUGGGAUGUUAAUGAUCCAGCUUCAGCGGAAGGGUACACUGUAAUCUUUAACAAAGCUAGGGAUGAGAAGAAGACUGGUGGCAAACCUGAGUCACCCGGAAAAGCUGAUCCUCAUACUGCCAAGCCUGCAUUAGAUCCCGGCAAAACUGCGAGUAAGAAAUGGUUUUGCUGCAUACAAAAUCCUCCUGCAGAAUCAUAGUAUUGGUUGCUCCUGUCUAAAAGCCUGAACAGAAGAACAUGUUUAUAUCCAACUAGCUCCCAGUGUUUCCAAGAUCUGAGCUACAGAGCCAUAAAUGAAUUCUGUUUGAAUAUAAGUUUAUGUACUGUAAAAGUGAGUUGCACUGUGGGGAGAGUUAAGAAAACAGACUAUUAUGUUAUCUGUACGUAUCUGUAUUGAUGUGGUGCCUUAUAAUUAGGAGCAAAGAUUGCUUCCUUUUUUUUCUGUCUUGCGCUAUGGCCUAUAGUGAUUGCUUCUCACAUUGUAUUCCUUCUUGUAUAAUUUAAACAAAUCUUAUUUUAUCAACAGAUUUUUAUUCCUUUGAUUUUCUACAAA